CAGCAGCAGGAGGAGGAGGAGGCGGAGGCGCGCGCCAUGUCGUUCAGUGAGAUGAACCGCAGGACGCUGGCGUUCCGAGGAGGCGGGCUGGCCACGGGCGGCGGCGGCGGCGGCGGAGGAGGCGCAGGCGGAGGAGGAGGAGGAGGAGGCGGCGGCGGCCCCGCCACGAACAAUGCCGCCGGCGGGGAGGCCUGCGCUUGGCCUCCGCAGCCGCAGCCGCGACAGCCCGCGCCGCCCGCGCCGCUGCAGCCCAAUGGGCGCGGGGCGGACGAGGAGAUGGACUCGGAGGGCCUGGAGCCCCAGGACGCGGAGGCCGCCGGGGCGGCGGGGGCGGCCGGGGCGGCCGGGGCCGGCGAGGACGCCAAGGAGUCGCUGCUCCCCCAGGACGCGGGCGGCCCCGCCUCGCUGGGCGGCGGCGGCGGCGGCGCGGGCGGCCCCCUGCUCGCCGAGAGGAACCGUCGGACUCUGGCCUUCCGCGGCGGGGGCGCCGGGGGUCCCGGCCACGCCGGCCCGAGCCGCGGCCGCCCCGAGCCCCCGGCCUGGCUGCCCGGGCGCAUGAACGGGCGCGGGCCGGCGGCCGCGGAGCCCGACGCGCUGGACGGGAAGGAGGCGGCGAUGCAGGACGGCGCGUCCCUGAGCGACAGCAGCGACGACGACGAGGACGAGGACGGGGCGAGCCCCGGCCCCUGCCCAGGCCUCGGCCCCGGCUCCGGCCCCGGCGGCCGGCCGGGAGGCGACGGCGCGGACGAAGCGGAGGGCGCAGACGCCGCCGUGCAGCACUUGGCGCUCGCCAGGCCCAAGUCCCUCAUGCAGAAGCUGCAGAGCUGCUUCCAGCCCUCCUGGCUCAAGGACUUCCCGUGGCUGCGCUACUCCAGGGACACCGGCCUCAUGUUCUGCGGCUGGUGCCACCAGGCCCCCGAGGACGCGGCCGCCGCCGCCGACCUCGCCCUCGCCCAGCCCGGGCACGACGAGCUUUCGCGGGGGACCCGCAACUACAAGAAGACCCUGCUGCUCAGGCACCACGUCUCCGCAGAGCACAGGCUCCACGAAGCCAACGCCCAGGAGUCAGAAAUGCCGUCAGAGGAGGGGUACUGUGACUUUAAUAGUAGGCCAAAUGAGAACUCUUAUUGCUAUCAGCUUCUUCGGCAACUAGAUGAACAGAGAAAGAAAGAUAUUCUUUGUGACGUCAGCAUCGUUGUGAGCGGGAAAAUCUUUAAAGCUCACAAGAACAUCCUGGUUGCAGGCAGCCGUUUCUUUAAGACUUUAUAUUGUGUUUCAAACAAAGAAAGCCCUAACCAAAACAAUACUACCCACCUAGAUAUUGCUGCAGUUCAAGGAUUUUCAGUCAUCCUGGACUUCCUGUAUUCUGGGAACCUGGUGCUCACAAGCCAAAACGCCAUUGAAGUUAUGACCGUGGCCAGCUACCUUCAAAUGAGCGAAGUCGUGCAGACCUGCCGGAACUUCAUUAAAGAUGCCUUAAAUAUAAGCAUUAAGUCAGAAGCUCCAGAGUCUGUGGUUGUGGACUAUAACAAUAGAAAACCAGUUAGUAGAGACAGCCUGGUGGCAUCACGGGAUCAAAAAAUUGCCAGCUUUUGGGCAACACGGAACCUUACCAAUCUGGCAAGCAAUAUAAAAAUUGAAAAUGAUGGUUGUAAUGUCGAUGAGGGCCAAAUAGAAAGCUACCAGAUGAAUGACAGUGACUGGGUCCGGGACCCUUCUCCUGAAUUGACUGAAAAUGAAUCUCAUGGUAAAACAAAAGUGUUUAUUUGGAAUAAUGUAGGCUCUCAGGAGACAGGCAAAGCACGGAGGAAAAACCAAACUACAAAAAGAUUUGUUUAUAAUAUACCACCUAAUAAUGAAAGAGGGUUAGAAGAUUGCUCAGUGAUGCAGCCACCGGUUGCCUAUCCAGAAGAACAUAAGGCCUUACUCAUCAAGGAAGAACCAGAUUUGGACGGUGCACUGCUCUCAGGGCCUGAUGGUGAUAGGACUGUGAACACAAAUUUAUUGGCUGAAGCCUGCAGUGGUCAAGAUGCAGGAGAUGCUGGAGCAUCACAUGAUUUCAAGUAUGCGUUGCUACCUGGCACUUCAAGUGAUUUCAAGUAUGAGUUACUACCAAGUACUUCAAGUGAUUUGAAAUAUGGAUUGCUACAAGGUGCUCCGAAUGAUUUCAAGUUCGGAUUAUUGCCAGACUCUUGGCCCAAACAAGAAACAUGGGAAAAUGGUGACUCAUCUCUAAUCAUGAACAAGUUAAAAUGCCCUCACUGUAGCUAUGUAGCCAAAUACAGACGAACACUAAAAAGGCACUUGCUCAUCCAUACUGGAGUAAGAUCGUUUAGCUGUGACAUUUGUGGAAAGCUGUUUACAAGAAGAGAACAUGUAAAAAGACAUUCCCUGGUGCAUAAAAAGGAUAAAAAAUACAAAUGCAUGGUGUGUAAGAAGAUCUUCAUGUUAGCGGCCAGUGUUGGAAUAAGACAUGGAUCUCGACGCUAUGGAGUAUGUAUGGACUGUGCGGAUAAAUCACAGCCAGCCGGGCAAGAAGGUGUAGAUCAGGGACAGGAUGCAGAGUUCCCCAGGGAUGAAGAGUAUGAGGAGAAUGAAGGAGGAGAGCCUGAGGACGAGCUGGCUGAGAAUGGAGACGAUCAGAACGACGUGUCUCGAUGGGAUGAAUCAGGAGAUGUUUGUAUGUCUCUGGAUGAUUAACUGACCUACUAUAUUCCUCAAGAAUGCUGCAUUUGGACAUACUAUGAAUCGACAAUUUGGAUUGUUGAACUUGAAGGCUUGCAAAAUAUGGUACAUGCUGGAUGGUAGUUAUGUUGCUGUGAAAACUGUAGGGUUAAAGCCUUAUAGGAAAAAAAAAAUUUUUUUUUUUGUUUUUUUUUAUAUUUGCACAGGACUGUACAGCAGACAACCAUGUGGUUGGAUACACGGAGUCCCCACAUUCAGUCAGUUAUCAAAGUAAAAUAUUUUUAUUUAUAGGAUAUACAGUUAACUAUUGGGGUUCUAUAAAACACAGAACUUGUCCUUUAUAGAGUCUACAUUCAUGUGCCACUUGAACAUGAAUGAAAGUCCAUUUAUGGAAGGACAGUGACAGUUGACCCAAUCACUCUGUCAAUCAAACCACUCAGGCUAGUUUGUACUAGUAGAGUUUUGUUUCUAUUUUUAUUUUAUUAAUUUUAUUUUUUUAAGACAGAUUUUCAGUGAGGGGCCUUUUCAACCCCAUUGGUUCUGUUUUCUUGUAUUUUUUUUUCAUUUGCUUCAUAACUUAAACCAAGUGUCUUCUGUCUUAGAUAUUAUUCUUAAUUUGUGCUGAUAGGCGUGUUUAUAAGAACUGGAGAGGUAAUUUAUUGGAAUGAACUAAGUGACUCCCCUGUCCCUCCCUCCCUUUUCUGACAUGAAUUUUACUACUUCACGAAUGAAGAAUGAUGUUGCGAAGUUGCCAUGGUGAAGAUGAUAAAUACCACUAAAAUGAUUAUGACUUAGAAGUGACUUUUUCCUGCUGCUCGGAUCUGAUAAAUGGUUACUAUAUGAUGUUUCCUGACAUGGUUUUGGUUUUGGGUAUCUGUUACUUUGGCACUAUUCUUGUUUGCCUCUUUUUAUUUUUGCCAGUGUACUAUACCUCAGCCUUAUGAAAUACAGACGUAUAAUUGAAGAAAAGUCAUAGAAAAAUACAUGAAAUGAUUUGUUUUAUAAUUUACCCUCCAUGUCCAGUUUGGCUAGUCUGUUAUGCAAUAUAAGUGAAAUAUCAGGUUUUUCCUCCUGUGCCCUUUUUUAUCAUUAAAAUCAACACAAAAUGUGCAUUCUCUUUUGUUUCAUACUUACCGGGAUGUUGAGUGUUUUUUACACUGUGGCUGAUAAUUUAUUUUCCAUUCCUUAAAGUCCCCACAGCUUGAAGAGAUCUUUAUAGUUACCGUGAUCCAACAAUCUGCAAGAAUACCGCAAAUGAAGUGUUCAGAGCCCUUAUUGUCCAUUAUUAAAUUCUUCAGUUGAAUUUGUUAGAUUUAUUUUGCCUGGUGACAGAUGAAUUAGCAGAUAGUGGAACUCUGAGCAGAUUUUUUUACAUGCUAACAUGACAACAAGUAUCAGGAGCAUAUUGUAUAUUGUAUAAUAUUGAGAGACAGCAUAUUUUCAACUUUCUUUUAAAUACAAAUUGAGUAUAUUUUCCUAUUUUAUAUCAGGUAACUAAAUUACGCCAGUUGCGUGGGAGAAAACCACAGAGCUGCUUUGACAGAUAGUCUUUUGGUGCUCCAUCUAGUCAAAGUUGAGAAGCUAAUUUUCUCUUUAAAGAGAUAGACUUGAUCAUUGCCUCUGAUUUCAGUAGAAUGAUGGUUUGAUAUUGACAGUGACUUUCUGCAUGGAUAGGUCAGAGAGGAGAUACUAGUGUUUCCUUGUGAGAUGCACCUGGCGCCCUCCAAGUUCUGAUGGCAGUCUCUGCACACCGGGGAGCCUGGCAGAAGAGUGUCUUGUUUGGGUUUGACUUUUGUUUGAAUUGAAGAGUACACCUUAUUCUCAGUGUUUGAAACAAACGAGUACAAUGUAACUCUAGUAAACUCCAAAGUAGACAUAGUCGGGCAGAAAUAUUAUGAAUGAAAAAGUAUUUUAAAGGUAAAUGUUCUGCUUUGUGAAUAUGUAAGUAUAGUAUAAAGAUUUCUUUCAUCCCAUUUAUGCCCUCCCUUUAAAAUAAACAUAGUUUACAAUGGGUAGAUCUGUCUAUAUAUAAAUAUAUAUUAAAGAGCAAAUAUAUAUAUUUAAAAAUCACCUAAAUCUGCUUUAUUAGACAGUAGUUCACUUAUUGCAUAGAAACUGGACUUGGCUUUACAUUCUUAAUGUACUUUAUUUUACUCGAGAAAUGACCUUAUCUUGAAACAGAAUUUCUUUUAUUACUUAAAAUCGUUUAUGUAUAUCUGGUAAAUUAUGACCAAAUUUUUGUUAGAUUGCAUACAGUAAAUUGAAAUACACAUUUGGUACACUACGGGAUUGUUGUGCUUUUGUUUUGGUUUUAGUUGGAAACAAGUUUGAUGUAGACGACUUAUUACUGUUAAUUUAAAAAUAUUCUAUAAUUGUCCAUUGCCUUUUAUGUCGUGUUGUGACAGAUUUGGCUAUAUUUUUAGUCAUCUGAAAUAUACUUUAAAAAGUUUGUUUUUAGGUAAUCCAAAGGAAAAAAUGUUUAUACUCUUGAAUAUAUAUUUGCCUCAGCCUAUAUAAAAGUUUCUUUGAAGUAAACACUUUACCAGAAACAGAAUUGACAGAUUUUUCUACUUGCUGACUGCCUAAGUUAUUUUGUUUCAUGGUCUUGAAGGAAUUACCUUUUUCCUUCUAGAUCUUUUUUAAAAAUACUUUUAGUACUAAGGUAUACUACUGGACGUUUCUAUUUUUUUAAGUAUAUUUCUUUUCUGACAAUACAACUUCAGGAAAUUGAUAAAUUGCUUAAGAACUUUUGAUUGGUCUCAGAAAGGUAAUGGAUUGAAUACUCAUAAUUUUGUCUGGAGCCUGGCAGAGUUAUGUUGUACAUUUGGUGAAGUUUUUCUUGUAAUUUAUAUUUUAAAUAAAAUAUUUUUAGAGUUUUUAAUUUUAAUGAAGGGGAAGAGCAUACACUUUCAUAUUCCACAGUGAUAAUGCCAUGUCAUAAAUUCAGAUUACAUGUUAUUUCUCCCAGACAGACUUCUUCCAUAUGGCCCCUCAUUUGUCAUGGUUCUUAACUCUCAUUUUUUUUUUCUUAUUUUCUAGACAGGUUGCUAAAUUUUAACACCCUAGUGAUCAGGAGCUUGGGGGUGUGCAGUAUUAUAUUGGCAGAGGAAAAUGGACAAUAACCAGUAGUUUUAAAUUUGGGGGUAAAAAACACUACCUGGCUUAAGUUGAACCAUCCUAAUGAAGAGUGAGUUAAUUCAUUGCAUUUUCAAUAAAUACCAGAGCACACCAAAUAUGCAGUACAUACUAGUUGUUUGUUAGUAGAUAUGAGCCACGAGGAAAAAGUAAAAGCUAGUAUAAAGGGAGAAAUCAGGAAGGAAGUUAAGGCCUGGGACUUGGAAAGGGCUGGACCAUGCCUGAGGGUAAAAUGUGGGGAGCAAUGACAGGCAGGCUCUGAGAACGUAAUGGUGUAUCGUUUGAGCUUUCUCUGAACGUGGUAUAGGAGGGUUAGAACCAUUCCCCUGACUCUCUUGGUAUGCCUACGCCUUUGUGUUGUCUGCCUUAUUUUUUUCUAGUCUCUAAAGUAGGUGCUAUUCUCUUUUACAGAUGAGGCUCAGAGAAACUCCGGGCCCUUGCCUGACUAACUACCACAGCUUACCAGAUCUGGUUGUGAGCCCAGCUCUUUUAGGAGGCUCUAUCAGUGCCUCAUAAAACAACCUUUUUUUGUAAAUUUAUAUUCUUCCUGUAAAAUGGCUACAUUAGGAAUUUUGUAUUCUUUCAGACCUCCAGUGAGCAUCCUUACCACACUUUUCUUCUGGUAGAGUUGUUUUUGUCAGUGACUUAACACACCUCAGUGUAGGCGAUGCUAAUAGUGAGCUGUGACAUUUCCACUUUUUAAAAGGAUGGUUUUUUAGUCUGAAGAACUAGUGUAAGCCUCAUUUUUUGUGCCGUUCAGUCACCCGGAUCCUUAAGCUUAACUAUGGUACCUAACCUCCACAGUUAGAACUUGGUCAUUUUAGGAUUGAAAAUAGGAUUAUUUAUUUUGUUCCUUCCCUGCUGUAUCCCAGCCUUCAAGUGAAGUUGAACAAGGUAGUUUAAAACAUGUUAGGGAUAAGCACACUUUCAAAGAUGUUUUGUAGCCCUAAAUUUUAGAAUAUUUUGGGUAUUAAAUCUGGAAUAUACAAGCUACUAAGAACAAAAUUUGGGGUUCAGGAAAUAGGUGAUUGAGGCCAUCAUGAUGUGGGAGAGUCAGAAUCUUAAACACUGUAAACAGAAAACUUUCUUCUGCCUGCUGUUUGUAAAAGCUCUCUGGGAAGAUCUUUUACAAAGACCAAUUUUUUUUUUUUUAAUGUAAUUUACCUACCUACUAUAAGUGUCCUGAGACAUGUAUGUAAACCUCCAAAACCUGUUUGUCUGUGUAUUUAGAAAAUACACAAGAAUCUUUAUCAAAUUUAAAAUAUAAACUUGUGAGCACUAAA